CGGCGGCGGCGAGCGCGGGGCCCGACUAGCGGGCGCGCGGCGGCGGCGGGCGCGGCGCGGGGCUCGGGGCAGGCGGGCGGCGGGCGGCGGGACAUGUGGCCGGCGGUCGUUCCGCGAGCCGGAGCCCCAGCCCGAGCGCCGCGCCGCGCCCGGAGCGCCUAGCAGCGGGCGCCUGCCCGGAGCCCGCCGGAGCCCCCGAGCCCCGAACCCUGCAGUCGGGACAACUGUUGCGGCGGCGGGGGCACCGCGGGGCGGGGGCGGCCCUGCGCCCCACAGGCGGCUGAGCCCCGCGGGCGGCGGGCACGAGGCAGCUCUCGUCGGAUCAAUGCAAGCCGAAUGAUGACCAGUUGUGGCCAGCAGUCCCUGCUAGUGCUCACCGUCCUCUCGUUGCUGAUUUCUGCAGUCUUGUCUGCGCAUUUCCGGGUCUGUGAGCCAUACACGGACCACAAAGGCCGCUACCACUUCGGCUUCCACUGCCCCCGGCUGUCGGACAACAAAACCUUCAUCCUCUGCUGUCACCAUAACAACACGGUUUUCAAAUACUGCUGCAACGAGACAGAGUUCCAGGCGGUGAUGCAGGCGAACCUCACGGCUGGCUCCGAGGGCUACAUGCACAACAAUUACACUGCCCUGUUGGGAGUGUGGAUCUAUGGCUUUUUCGUGUUGAUGCUGCUGAUCUUGGAUCUUUUGUAUUACUCGGCAAUGAACUACGACAUUUGCAAGGUUUAUCUGGCGAGGUGGGGCAUCCAUGGACGGUGGAUGAAGCAGGAUCCCCAGCGAUGGGGAAGCCCUGCCCCGGGCCCCCGGCCAGGGCAGCCAGCCCCACAGCCCCAGCCUCCCCCCGGCGCCCUGCCGCAAGCCACCCAGGCCACACACACGCUGCAGGGAGACACCCACAGCCCACCGCUGAUGACCUUCCAGAGUUCGUCUGCCUGAAAACCCUUUUGCUGUGCCUCAGGAUGGGGGAGGUGAGACCCGAAGCACCCAGAGCAGCCUCCGAGAAGAGCAACUUCCACAGAGACGCCAGGGAGAACCGAGGCAGCUGCGGCCGUGGCAGAGGAGGAAAUGCCCCUUGUGCCCAAAGCCCCCUUCCGUGGACUUCUAAAAUUCGGAGCAAACUCAGGGGUGGGGAUUGGGGGGUUGCAGGGGAGGGGAUUCUGAGCCACUCAUCCGCAAGCAAUAGUCCCAUUUGGGCUGGUGGCUUCUGAGAGGCGACUCCAUUGCGGACUCAGGGUGGCCAGCGCAAAGCAGCUCUGGCUGAUUCAAGCUGGAAAGAUUGAGGCCUGGGCUUUGUACUCGGGGUUCCCUUGCCUCCACUCCCUCCAGUAGUGGCCUGUGGGCCUGUGUCAGAAUAUUGGAUGUGUGUGUGUGUGUGUGUGUGUGUGUGUGUGUCUGUGUGUGUAUGCACAUGCACACACAUGGGUGCAUGUGUGUGAUCUGGGGGUGUUCUUUUUGUUUGGUUUUUAUUGGGGCCCCCAGGUUCUCUGACAGGCACAGGUCACCAUGUGGUGGGGUUCCUCUCCAGUAUCCCAGGCUCAGGGGUCUUGCUGCAGCAGGCAGCCGUGAACCGGAUGGAGUUGGUGAGCACAGGGCACAGCCCCACUGUGGCUCGGGGGACACCGGGGAUUUGGAAAAGCCAGCGAGGCUUCAUUUGUUCCUGUAACAGCAGUAACAGUAAGAGACACGUGUUGGGCUGUCCUUGGGGCAGGAACUAGGUUGGGUGUUUUCAUCACACACUCUCUCCCCACCUAGAAGGGGCUGUGAAUUCCCUGCAGAAAUAACUCAGAGUGGGGAAGGUGCCUAGAGUCACACAGCCAGGAGGAGACCAGCCUUCUGCCUGAGCUCAGGGGCGCAGGAGCCCAAUGUCCAAGCUCCCAGGCCAGGGCAGCCCCAGCAAAUCCCUGGAAUAUCUCCCCAGUGGCUUCUCGGUGGACUGGCCGUUGCCUUGAGUUCCCCGCCAUCAUUGCCCUGGAGCCCUCAUUCACAUAGCACAUUCUGGUUAAACACCUGGUGUGUGCCAGGCUUUGCACUGGGCAGUGAUGGGGAGUGGACAUGAGUCAGGCAGGCUUCAUCCCUGCCUCGGGGCAGCUGCCAUCUGGGGAGAGAUACACACAUCCUUGCUGGAGAGGGUGCCGAGAGCUAUGGACACUCAGGAAGGUUCUAGAAACCCUUCCACCUUAAGAUGGGCUUCCACACAGAACUGGCUGCCUGUACCAUCUGUCCAUAGAGCUCACUGCUGCCACCCGCCCUGCUGUGCAGGGCACACACACAGCAGGGCACUGCCCCAGGUGACCACAGAAACCCCCAAGGACCUGCUGCCAGUGCAGACACACUCUUCCCACUGAUGUCCGUGACACCAAACCUCCCCGGCUCUUAGCUUGGGGAGCCCCGAUUCAAAAACGCACAUCCCUCUGAUCACACCCCCCCACUUAGAUAGAUCAGUGUUCUUACACUUGGACAUGCAGUGAGCAGGCAGACCCCUUCUCGUGGGGCUGGUCUUCCAGCUGGGGGAGAAGAUAGUGAAGAAAUAAGUAGGGAAUAAGAAAGACAGCAGCAGUGGUCAGCACUCCGCUGAGGAUUCAUCAGAGCAGUGUGUUGGUGAGGGUCGUGUUGAGCUUGUGGUGUGGGAGGGCCUUUCUGAGCAGGUAAUGGGUAAGCCAGGAUCUGAGUGACAAGCAGGAGCCAGCCAUGGGCAUUGGACAGCGGAAAGGAUUCCAUGCAGAAAAACAGCUAAUGCAAAGGUCCUAGGGCAGCCGUAGGCUUGGUGGUUUCAAGGAACCAAAAGAAAAACCUCCAAAAGGACCCAGCAGGAAGGCAGAAGGGGCUGAAGGCGAGAGAGUCCAGGCUCUGUGCCUCACUCUGAGUUGCUAUAAGGGUUCAAAACACAACAGCCCACCCCACCCUUUGAUAAAGCAGAGAACUUUCUAGGGCAUGGAGCAUUUUCCAUACUACCUGGUGUUUCAUCCUCUCAACAGCCCCAUAGAGAAAGGACUCUCCCCAUUUCACUGACUAGGAAACUGAGGCUCAGGUGAGUCAGGCGGCUUGCCCAAGUCCAGACUGGCAGGCUGUGGAAGACACGGGUCCUUCAGUCCUGUCUCCUGCAGACAGUGCUGCCAAUGCCCGGUAUAUAGCUUGGCAAAGGUAAAGCAGGAGAACCUUCACUUGGGGCCUUGAUAACAGACAGACAUGUCUUCCUUCCUUUCCCCUGGAUGCCGAGUCAUCCCAGAACAUGCCCAGGGCCUUGUCCAUGUGGAGCAGUGAGUGCCGUGGAACAGUGCUCAACAGCUAGUCAGCCCACCUGGAUCGGCUCACACCUACAUCCCAUGUGCGGAGCCUCAGCGUCAGAGGAACCUGAGCCCAGGGGCAUGGGGACGGGAGGUGGGCACAAGACCCGAUUCUGACAUCAGCUCUGCACCAUGAGCAGUGUGACCUUGGACAAGCCCCUGCCCUCCCCAUCUCCAGUUUCCCCCUUGGUAAGAGGAAGGAGUCAGACCAGGCAUUUAGGGGGCUUGCAUCUCUGGCUUCUCGUGGUUCUAGGUGAUGCCCUUGCAGCUGCUCACACAUGUGUUGCUCAGCAGAUGUAGCAGAGCAAUUGUGGGGCCGCCUGUAGUGCAGACCACACAGACACGGAGCACAGAGCCCUGCCCUCCCAGCUGGGUGGCCUUGGAAAAUGCUUCCCCUCUCUGAGCCUCAGGGUCUCACCUCUGAGGUGUGUAGGUGUGGGAGGGAGGUCGCGGCAGCCACUGCAUCACGGAGUAGUUGAGGGGGUGAGUUCAGGGCACGUGGGUGUGACCUGAGUGGAAGGCUCGGCCUGUGUGUUCAAUGGCACAUGUACGCCAUUAAGUCCUUCCCAGUGUCAAGGGCUCCCCAAAACCCUGCAGAACCCCAGGUCAUCCCAACAAAAAUGUGUCCCUAUCCCACUGUGGCAGGCAGAUGUGCCAAUUAGUAGAGUGUCCCCGAGAAUAAGUUGCAGGGAAGUGACAAGUUCAAGUAGAGAUUUACAGAAUUAGCAUUUUCUAGUGACUCCUGAACUUGAUUUUUCAAGCUGCCUAUGUUUACUUUUUACUGUGAGCUUCUGGCUAUCACCGUGUAAUUUGUAAAAAUAACAGUAAUAUUAAUACAAAAAGAAAAACAAAAGAAGAGGUAGAUGAUAACAUCAGACCCACUGAGGACGCUGUAAUCUGUAUUUGUAUUUGACGCUGGUUUGUGUAACUAACUCGCUGUGUUUGUAAGGACUUUUUCCCACUGGGAACUGCGUGUUGUUAACGAGCAGUUUUAUGCUUUCCUUCUCAUUCAUGUAUGGUGUGAGUGUUGUGUGUUUUGGAAUUUCUAUCCAGAACCAAUACCUGGUAGCACCAGGGCCUCUCUGCCCUCACCUUAACCUCUGAAAUUGCCCUGCACCUGCUCGUGCAGAUGUGCCAGGAGCUGCCAGCUGCCAGGUGAACAUCUGAUGCUGAUCAGGACCAACAUGAAAUAGGCCUUAACUGAAAACACACACACACAUGCACGUGUGCACACAGGCACCUAUGCGCACACAAAUGCACACACAUAACUCACGCACAUGUGCACACGUGUGAGUCUGCAGGUGGACCCAGUCUCCCUUGUUGUCUCUGAUGCUUCAGCAAAAGAGCAGGUAGGCAGCCAGCUAAGGUGGGUGGUAUUUCCCCUCUUCGUUGGAAAAAACCUGUAGGCAAAUUUGGCCUUAGAGCUAGAGGGAAGGCCUUGGGCAUAUCAGGGAAAACAUGGCCAAGAAUGGGCAAUAACAGACUUCAGCACAGAGACACGUCCCAGCUCACGUGGGAUGGAGAGCUCUCUGUGGGUCAUUUCAGUCUCCACCAGACUCUGUGUGUGGCCAGGCCGGCACUGUCUCCCACGCACCCAGCAGACCCCGCAGGCUCUUGUCCACACCAGGUUGGGAUGCAGGCCCUCCACUGUCCCUGCAGCCCACUGUUGCCACCCGGGCCCUGACCCCUGGCUCAGCUGACACCCCAUUUGCUGUGUCUGCUAGAUGUGCCAUGAAAAAAGACAGGUUUCCCAUUUAUCGACUUUGAAAAAAUUAUUUAUUGGUUUAAUUUUUUCCAUUUGGCUGAUUGGGCCCCACCGACAAGAAGAGUCAUGCCGUCGGUGGCCUUCAGAAGUGACUUUGCAAUUUGUCCUCAAUGACCCAAAUCGAUGUAACAGCCCUGAGUGGAGUUACCGGGGGCAUUCCUUGUCAGUGUUGAGGGGCAGCCCUGUCAUUCCAUCCAUGUCUGUGGGGCCCUCCUGUCAUCUGCUAUGGAAAUCGGGUUGGAAUAGUAGAGGCAGCCCCCAGAGAGGCAGCCAGCCACCAACGAGUGGGUGACACCAUGAUCACAGCUGCCUGCAGCCCAGGAGCACAUCACCAGGCGGGGGCGGUGCCCUGUGCCCGCCAGAAAAACAAGCCCUGCACACCUGUGUGCGUGGCCAACGCACAGAGGCUCCCCACACCCCCCUUGCAACACAAACAUGGCACCAGAUGGUGGUUUCAUGAACGUGUGCAACUUUGGGGUCCGUGGCCUGAAAAACUCAAAAGUUAAAGCUGGGCAGUCAGGUGAGACAGAGGUCCUAGAAGCUCCUUUUGUGGGUGCGCAUGCGUUCAUUCGUCUAUUCAACAAAUAUUUAUCCACCUUCCUUCCCACUGUCUGUCUGGCAGCAGUUCCUGCCAAAGACAGAGGGGUCCUUGGGAGAGGCUGGGGUCACCUGUGAAAUAGCUAGUUGUGCCUAGCAGGUAGGAAUGCUCAGAUCCACAAAGCAAACAAGGAACACUUACCUAUCCCACCCAUGAGAGUGACCUUGGAAGUGGCAUUGUUUCCCCACCCCCAAGUUUGCCGUCUCAGACGCUGCCGGACAGUUGGUGCUAGAUUGGUGCUUGGUGAAUGCGCAGCUUUGACCAAGAGUCACCCUGUACUCCUAUCAUCACAUCAAAGCCCUGACCUAUUUGCCCUCAGUGGGCUGAAAUUUGCGGCUACCAAGGUGUCCACCUCCAGGGAGCCGCAUUCACAAUGCUGUCACAUAAGCAGCGAUGCACUCCAGGGGCACCAUUUCUACAGACUGGGCUUGUGCAAGGAGGCGCCCUGUGAAUCUCCCUAAACCACCCUCCCCAACACACAGGAUCCCGCCAGUGUCAGAUGAGCCUGGGGAGGAGCCCCCUGCACAUGGUCGAAGGGCGCAGAUUGCACGGCCAGGUGGGCCCCUGGUGUGGCCACAACCUGAACCAAACUGACCAGAGAAAACAUUCUCUCGGAGCCUCACCUGUUUCUCAUGUGCAAUUUCUUCCUGUUUCUUCCCCCAUUUUCUGUGUGAAAGCUGGUGAGAGAUGCCACAAAGAAGCAAACAGUCUGGGUGGAAUGCAAUAACUAAGUGGGGCCUCCUGGGGUGAAGGGCUCAGCCACCCUGACAAGGCAGGACGCUCCCCCCCAGUCCGUGUGUCCUCCCCGGGGUCAGCCAGAUACAGGCAGGCCAUUACUGGAGGGCCAGGGAUGUUUCCUCUCUCCUGUAAGCCCCGAUUCACCUGCGCAGGCACGGGGUCUCGCUGGGAGCUGAAAACUGGGAAAACCAAAAACCAAUAAUAUUCCUAAUAAUAAUGAUAAUAUAAUGUAAUGAUUAUAAUAAUGUGUUUUACACUGACGCUGUUGCACUGCUUUUGUCUUUAUAUACAGUAGUUUUUAUAAAGAUGUCCCUACGUUUUAAUAAAGGAGUGUUAUGUCAACUGUU